AUGCCAUUUUACAAUGAUGAAGAUCUAAUUAUUAUUGAUCCUAGUUAUGAAAAUUUAACGAAUUUUCGCAAAGAUUACGAUUAUGAUCUAAUUGGUAAUGCUAUUAGUUUACGUGCAUCAUUUCUUCGGAAUCCAGCUGGUUAUUUACACAACAUUAUUGAACAGCAUAUGAUAGAGUUAUUAUUUACUAGUCUAAUCUGUUUCAGUAUAUUUCUUGGUGUGGUUGUUUUAUUAUUUGUACUAAAAAGGUUUAUUCGUUAUGUGAAAUUGAUCAAGUUACUUGUAAAGGAAUUCAAUAGUGUAAGAUUACAACUAAAAGAGAUUAAGAAAGAAAAUUUGCCAAUGAAUUAUGACAUCUAUGCAAAAGCAGUAUUUACUGUAUUAAUAAGUUAUUAUCAGCUGUUCAAAGGAAGUAAAGAAAGAAUUAUACCUGAAGAUUUGGUUGAAUAUGAAAUAAUACGUUUUGUAUUAGAGGCUGCAUGGAAGAAUACUAUAAGUUGUAGACAGCUACAUAAUAUAGAAUUGAAUAGAUCAACUGAAGAUGAAUCAAUUGAAGGACUACUAGAUGAUUCAGAAAAUGUAAUAGACAAAUUAAAUAAUGUGGUUGAUCAUAAUCAAAAUCUUAAUAAUUCAAGAACAGGUAAAAAAUCUGAUUUUAAUCAUAUAAGAGACGAUAAUGUGAAUUUUAUGGUGAAUAAAAGAACAAAUAAGCAAAAUGUACCAAACAAAUCAAUUGUAAAACCAUGUUGUAAAAACAAAAACCAAAUAUUUAUGAAAAAUAUCAUUAGUUCCAAUGAUAGACAUAGCAUGAUAAAAUUGGAAAGUCUAAACAAUCUUGAUGAAUAA